AUGGGGCUGCUUGAUCAAGCCAACAGCACCAGCAUCCUGGAAGAACAUGCUUUGGAUAAAAAGUUGCCAUUCAUCUCGGAUGCAAAGGGCUUUGUCACCCCUGGUCAGGGACUUGAAGGAUCCAACAAUGUUAUGAUGGAUAGCACCAAAAUUUUGGGAGUCCAGAUCAUUCUGAUAGCUGCCUACUCCCUAAUCAUUCUGCUAGGAUUCACUGGCAACUCCUUAGUUGUCUACAUGAUCAUGAGAUACAAAACCAUGAGGACUGUGACUAACUUCUUCAUAGCUAACCUGGCUCUGGCAGACUUGAUGGUGGACACACUCUGCUUGCCCUUCACCUUGGCCUACACUCUGUUGGACGAGUGGAAGUUUGGGGCUGUACUUUGUCACCUAGUCUCCUAUGCUCAAGCUUUAAGUGUCCAUGUGUCCACCCUCACCUUAACUGUGAUUGCUCUGGACAGGUACAGAUGCAUUGUUUUUCAUUUGGACAGCAGGAUUUCCAAGAAGGUCAGCUUCACCAUCAUAGCUGUUACAUGGCUGGUUGCUGCUAUCUUAGCCAGCCCACUUGCUAUCUUCCGAGAGUACAGAUACGAAGAAAUUCCAUCCAUCAAUCUCAGAAUUGCUGUCUGCUCUGAAAAAUGGCCUUCUGAAAAUAGGGAUGCCACCAUAUACAGCUUAUCAAUGCUCCUCUUGCAGUAUGUUCUGCCUCUUUCCAUAAUCUGCUACGCCUACACCAGGAUAUGGUUCAAGCUGAAAAGCCAUAUCAGCCCCACUGCUAGGAGUGAUAGUCAUUGCCACAGGAGAAAGACCACAAAGAUGCUGGUAAUGGUGGUUGUGGUGUUUGCAGUCUCAUGGCUCCCUUUCCAUGUUUUCCAACUUGCUGUUGACCUAGAUCUGGUGCUCAUCUUCCAUGACUAUAAACUUCUUUAUACAGUUUUCCAUGUAGUGGCCAUGUGUUCCACUUUUGCUAACCCUUUGCUGUAUGGUUGGAUGAAUAAGAACUACCGCAACGGGUUCCUCAUGUUCUUCCGUUGCCAGAACAAGCCGGAGAGGCUCUACACAGAGUGCUCAAUCAGGGGGCGGUCAUACACUUUCAGAGCCACCACUUUGAAUGGAAGCAUCAAACACUCCACAGGCAAUGGACAGCUACCAACACAAGUUUAGAACCACAAGUAACUUCAUCGCCACAAAGGGGCAGGAACCUCAGUGGUGUCCACAUAGGACUGAUGUUUUUUCUAAAAUUUGGAAUGUGCUGUAUUGCCAAAAUAGUGUCAGUGUCAUAGUCAAAUGGGAGCACCUUGUCUUUCUGUCCAAACAAAGAACCUCGUGUACUGUCUAUUUUGUCUCAUGAAGCAAGUUAAUUAAUCCUUGCUUUGAUUUCUGUGUUGCUUGUUACAUAAGCAGCGGAAAACAUGUUGUACACAAAAUGUUUUCAUUUUAUAAGGCAGUUUAGUUCUACUGUCAU